AUUUCAUUUAUGUCAUAUCUGAUACAAAAAAUUCGAUAUGCUUUCUCUGUUUAAAGAAUACCGAAUGGGACUCAUUUAAUUGUUGGAUUGGGAAAUCCUGGCAAAAUUUAUGAAAAUACUAGACAUAAUGCAGGUUAAUUGUUCAUUAAGCAUCUUGCAAAAGAGUUUGACAUAAAAAUGAAUAAUGGAUCAAAUGGGUCUAUUGGAUCAUUUUAACAUAUAAUCCUAUUUAAUCCUCUUUCAUUCAUGAAUUCAAGUGGUCAUCCAAUAAAAAAGAUUGCAGACAAAGCCAAUAUAUCAACAAGCAAUAUUAUUAUUGUACAUGAUGAUUUAGACAAUAUACCAGGAAGAUGUAAGAUUAAAUUAGGAGGAAGUGCAGAAGGACAUAAUGGUUUGAAAUCCAUUAUUUAAUAUAUGGAUGAUAAAUUCAUUAGAUUAAAAAUUGGUAUAGGAAGACCUAAUUCAAAAGACCCUGCAAUUGUUAGUGAUUAUGUGAUGAGCAAAUUAGAUUAUGAACCAUCAUAACAAGCAUUCAAAUAAGGAAUUGUGCUUGUACGACAACUCUUUAAAUUUUGAUGAUCAUCUAUCAUUAUAA